ACGUGUCACCCGCACGAAGGCCAAUCAGGCUACACCAAGCUCCAAUCUGAUUUGGCAGAGUUUCUACAGCCGGAUGCCCUUCCUAACGCCAACCACUCUGAGAGUGUAGUGGGUGCUAUUACGUGUCACCCGCACGAAGGCCAGUCAGGCGGAAUGAAAUAGAAAAAGGAAAAAUUGCAAGACAUCCUUAUAUUGUGGCGAGAGAAAGAAAAUGAUGGAAAGUGAAUUGUGUGAAGAGAGUAUUAAAUGUAAAUCAGAGUCUAAAAGGAUUGAUUUUGUUGAUGGGAUGCCAAAAGAUAUAGGGAAAACAGCAUAUCCUUGUGAUAUUUGCAAAAAGUCAUUUUCUCGAAAAGAUAGUCUCGCUAUUCACAAACGUACUCAUACAGGAGAGAAACCAUAUCACUGUGAUAUUUGUGGUACUUCGUUCUUUCAAAAUAAUCACUUAACUAAACACAAACGCACUCAUACAGGAGAAAAGCCAUACCACUGUGACAUCUGUGGUAAAUCGUUCACUCUGAGCGGUAACUUAACAGCCCACAGGCGCAUUCAUACAGGAGAGAAGCCAUACGACUGUGAUAUCUGCGGCAAAUCGUUUUCUCGGAGUGGUAACUUGACUACUCACAGCCGUAUUCACAGUGACGAGAAACCCUACCAGUGCAACACCUGUGGUAAAUCGUUCUCAAACGGAAGCGCUUUAACGAAACACAAACACAUUCAUGCCGAAGAGAAACCAUAUCGCUGUGAUAUCUGCGGCAAGUCGUUCACUCAGACAGGGAGCUUAACCAUUCACAUACGCAUUCAUACUGGUGAGAAGCCAUAUGACUGUGAUACCUGUGGCAAAUCGUUCUCUCUCCACGAUCAGUUGACUACUCACCAACGUAUUCACACCGGAGAAAAACCCUAUGUUUGUGAUACCUGUGGCAAAUCAUUCUCUCAAAGAGCACACCUGACUAAACAUAGGUAUACUCAUGCUCUGCCCGAUUGACUUUGCCCUGUUCACUCACUCAUUUUUCCCUCCACCCAUCUGCCAAUUGACUCUCACAAACCUACUCACCUAUCCAUGCAACUAUAAGAAUUGGAUGAGAUAUGAUGGCUUGGCCAUCUCUCCCCAGUUCUUAUAUUAAUCAUUAAAUCCAGAAAUACAACAACACGAGGGAUAACGGUAACAACAGACCAAUAGUUUAUUCUAGGUUGGUGUAGAGCCGUUUCGUUCCUGGGUGAACAGGCAUGCCGCUGGGAUACCAAAGAAGCUUCGACCACAUGUCGGGGUCGAGUUGAGAGAUACGUGUUGUCACGACAGCUGCUUGAGAGAAAAGAGAUCGCACGCUAUUGCUCUCUCUCCACCUGUUUGCCUUGCGCAUGCGUGCUCGGGUACUUACGCUGACGGCAAGUCCCUUGCACAUGCGCAAUGGCACUUCCCAAGACGGCGGCCACACGCGCCACUACACAACUUUUAUUCACGUCCUUGUAACUUGAUGGUGUGCGGUUGGUGCUAGAAACCAAUCCCAAAACACACUGGAGCCUGGUGCAGGUCUCCAGCUUACCAAUUCCAGUCAAUCCGUCCGACCCAUGCCAGCAGGGACAUUGAAUGAUGAUGAAGAUGGUGAACUGAAGAAUUCGUAACACAUUGGACGAAAUGCUUACUCUUUUUUUUUUACUCUUUUUACUUGUUUCAGUCUUUUGACUGUGGCCAUGCUGGAGCACCGCCUUUAGUCAAGCAAAUCGACCCCUAGGACUUAUUCUUUAGAAGCCUAGUACUUAUUCUAUCGGUGUCUUUUUGCCGAACCGCUAAGUUACGGGGACAUAAACACACCAACAUCGGUUGUCAAGCGAUGUUAGGAGGACAAACACACACACACAAACAUAUAUAUAUACAUAUAUAUGACAGGCUUCUUUCAGUUUCCGUCUACCAAAUCCAUUCACAAGGCUUUGGUCAGCCCAAGGCUAUAGUAGAAGACACUUGCCCAAGAUGCCACGCAGUGGGACUGAACCCGGGACCAUGUGGUUGGUAAGCAAGCUACUUACCACACAGCCACUCCUACGCCCACAACGUUUCUUAAGGUUUUUUUCUGAGUUCAAGUUUUUCUGUGGUUAAUGUUGCCCUUCAGCUUUUUUAGGCCAAUAAAAUAAAAAUAGCAGUCAAGUACUGGUGACAAUAUAAUCUACUUCCCCCCACACACUUAAAAUAGUUGGCUUUAUGCCAAAAUUUGAAACAAUUAUCGUUAUUAUCAAUCAACUAGUUAACCAUUUAACUAAUCAAUUAUUUGAUUAACCCAUUAAUUUCCAGAGUACUUAAAUUUCUGAAUAUUACUUUUAAAUUUUUACAGAUGAUUGAAAAUAGCUUAAAAUCAUCAUCAUCAUCAUUGUUUAACAUCCGCUUUCCAUGCUAGCAUGGGUUGGACGAUUUGACUGGGGACUAGCGAACCAAAUAGCUACACCAGACUUCAAUCUGAUCUGGCAGAGUUUCUACAGCUGGAUGCCCUUCCUAACGCCAACCACUCUGAGAGUGUAGUGGGUGCUUUUACGUGUCACCCGCACGAAGGCCAGUCAGGCGGUACUGGCAACGGCCACGCUCAAAAUGGUGUAAAACUCCUUUACUUCAAGUAGAAAUGGAAAUACUCGGUGUCCUAUAAAUAGGACACUGAGAC